CUAGAAAGGCAACCUCGGACGUGCGGUGACCGAUGCUGGAUCUGCUGCUGCCGCUUCUGCUGCUGGCCGCCUUGGCCUACGUGGGCUACCUCGUCGUGGGCCAAGCGCCAAAGAAGCUAAAGAAGGAAGACGCUGUCGUCAAGGAGAAGCCAAAGGAGAAGCUUCCAGAGAAAGCCAAAAAGCCCGCGACAAAGCCCCAAGGCAAGACGCCGACUGUGGCCGCGCCUAGCGCCAAGCACGCCGACCAUGCGCUCCUCGCGCAUGUCCUCAAGGGCCACACGGGUCCGAUCACAGCGGCGACGUUUAGCCCCAACGGCCGCUUCAUUGCGACCGCGUCGACCGACCGAUCGGUACGCUUGACGCUGCGCGAGUCGUUGGGUGCCAAGAACCCUACGUUCAAGACGAUCAACCUCCCGUACGACUACUCGACGGUCUGCAGCUUUAGCUCGGACGGCAAGACGCUCGGGGUCGCGACCGCCGACGGCCAAAACGUCCUGCUCUACAGCAAGUUUAAGACCAAGCCCGAGGUCGUCGGUUCGUUUCCCGUCGGCCACAACGUGCUUUCGCUGCUCCUCAACGACAUUGGUGACGAGUGGAUGACGCUGCUCACGGUCGGUCGUGACGACGACACUGACAUCAAGUGCUGGAACACGUCGGGCACGCUGCUCCAGACGACCAGUGUCAACCAGAUCCAAAACUUCCACGGCGUCCAGUCGCUCGACAACCGGUUCAUUGCCGUCGCCGCGUACACGCCCGAGGUCAAGAUUUACGAGAUCCAGCGCUCCAAGACGGGUGCGUUCGUGAAGCUCCACAAGGCCAUGGCUCUCCAAGGCCACACGAGCGGUGUGACGGACAUUGCCUUUGACGGCUCGGACCAAAAGCCUGUCAACCGCAUCGUGACGGCGUCCAAGGAUGGCACCGUCCGCAUCUGGGACAUCAACGUGCGCUACAAGCUCGAGGAAGACCCCAAGUGCAUCAAGACGUUCCAGGCGCCGAGCGGGCACUACUCGACCGUGGACAUCACGCCCAACGGAGAGUGGAUCGCCAUGACGCAGGGCAGUACGCUCUUCUUCCUCGACGUGGCGACCAUGACCAUCCGCCACGAAGUGCCGCAUGCGCAAGACGACGCGAUCUCACGCAUUCAAUUUGACGCGGCGGGCGCCGAGUUGCUCGUGCAAGGCACAACGUCCCGCGUUAUCAAGGUCUACCGCGUGCCAAAGGCCUAGCUAGUCUUGGGCGUUUGCCGUCAUGUCGGCGAGCACGGGUAUUAACUUUUCCUGGAGCCA